GCAGAGGGGCAGGCUCAGGCAGCUCCUCUGCGGCGCCGGCGAUGAUAAAACUUGAGAAAUAACAAGGAGUGGCCUCUCCGCGUCCUCUGGGUCCAAUCCGGUUUCAGGAGUGAAAUGCUCCCGGGCAGGCAAGCCUGAGAGAGGCCAAAGCCACUUAAAGACAAGCAGCGGCGAGAAAAGCACCUCCGGCGCCCCGCACCGUCGCAGCUCUGGCUCUAGGCACCCUCCUGGUCACCGCGUUCUCCUGGUCCUGCCCCGCGUCCCGAUGGCCGCCGCUGGGCCCCGGCGCUCCCUGCGUGGAGCGGUCUGCAGGCAGCUGCUGCUGACCCUCGUGAUCUUCAGUCUUGCCGCUGAAGCCUGUAAAGAGGUGAUACUUAAUGUACCUUCUAAACUAGAGGCAGACAAAAUAAUUGGCAGAGUUAAUUUGGAAGAGUGCUUAAGCUCCGCAGACCACAUCCAGUCAAGUGAUCCUGAUUUCAGGGUUCUAAAUGAUGGGUCAGUGUACACAGCCAGGGCUGUUGUGUUGUCUGAUGAGAAAAGAUCAUUCACCAUACUGCUUUCUGACAGAAGGAAACGGACACAGAAAGAGGUUACUGUGCUGCUAGAACAUCAGAAGACGGUAUUUAAAGUAUUGAAGAAAAGACACACUAGAGAAACUGUUCUCAGGCGUGCCAAGAGGAGAUGGGCACCUAUCCCCUGCUCUAUGCAAGAGAAUUCCUUGGGCCCUUUCCCUUUGUUCCUUCAACAAGUUGAAUCUGAUGCAGCACAGAACUAUACUGUCUUCUACUCAAUAACCGGACGUGGAGUUGAUCAAGAACCUUUAAAUUUGUUUUAUAUAGAAAGAGACACUGGAAAUCUGUUUUGCACUCAGCGUGUGGAUCGUGAAGAAUAUGAUGUUUUUGAUUUGAUUGCUUAUGCGUCAACUGCAGACGGAUAUUUAGCAGAUCAGCCUCUCCCACUGCCCAUCAGAGUAGAGGAUGAAAAUGACAACCACCCUGUUUUCACAGAGGCAAUUUAUAAUUUUGAAGUUUCAGAAAGUAGUAGACUUGGUACUACAGUGGGGGUGGUUAGUGCCACAGACAGAGAUGAGCCGGACACAAUGCACACGCGUCUGAAAUACAGCAUUUUGGAGCAGACACCAAGAUCUCCUGGGCUCUUUUCUGUGCAUCCCAGCACAGGUGUAAUCACCAUAGUCUCUCAUUAUUUGGACAGAGAGGUUGUAGACAAGUACUCAUUGAUAAUGAAAGCACAAGACAUGGAUGGCCAGUUUUUUGGAUUGAUAGGCACAUCAACUUGUAUCAUAACAGUAACAGAUUCAAAUGAUAAUGCACCUACUUUCAGACAAAAAUCUUAUGAGGCAUUUGUAGAGGAGAAUGUAUUUAACGUGGAAAUCUUACGAAUAUCUGUUGAAGAUAAGGAUUUAAUUAAUACUGCCAAUUGGAGAGCCAAUUUCACCAUUUUAAAGGGAAAUGAAAACGAACAUUUCAAAAUCAGCACAGACAAAGGAACUAACGAAGGUGUUCUUUGUGUUGUAAAGCCACUGAAUUAUGAAGAAAACCGUCAAGUGAACCUGGAAAUUGGAGUAAGCAAUGAAGUGCCAUUUAUGAGAGAUAUACCCAGAAUGACAGCCUUGAACAGAGCCUUGGUUACAGUUCAUGUGAGGGAUGUGGAUGAGGGGCCUGAAUGCAGCCCUGCAGCCCAAUUUGUGCGGAUUAAAGAAAACUUAGCAGUGGGGUCAAAGAUCAAUGGCUAUAAGGCAUAUGACCCUGACUCUAGAAGUAGCAAUGGUUUAAGAUACAAAAAACUGCAUGACCCUAAAGGUUGGAUCACCAUUGAUGAAAUUUCAGGGUCAAUCAUAACUUCCAAAACCCUGGACAGGGAGGUCGAAACUCCCAAAAAUGAGUUGUAUAAUAUUACAGUCCUGGCAAUAGACCAAGAUAACAGAUCAUGUACUGGAACACUUGCUGUGGAUAUUGAAGAUGUAAAUGAUAAUCCGCCAGAUAUACUUCAAGACUAUGUAGUAAUCUGCAAACCAAAAAUGGAGUACACUGACAUUUCAGCUAUUGAUCCCGAUGAAGCUGUCCAUGGAGCUCCAUUUUAUUUCAGUUUGCCAAACACUUCUCCAGAAGUCAAUAGACUGUGGACCCUCACCAAAGUUAAUGAUACAGCUGCCCGUCUUUCAUAUCGGAAAAAUGCUGGAUUUCAAGAAUAUAUCAUUCCUAUUACUGUAAAAGACAGGGCAGGCCAAUCUGCAACAAAAAUGUUGAGAGUUAAUCUGUGUGAUUGUCCUCAUCCAAGUCAGUGUCAUGAGACUUCAAGGAGUGCAGGAGUAAUACUUGGAAAAUGGGCAAUCCUUGCGAUAUUACUGGGUAUAGCACUGCUCUUUUCUGUAUUGCUAACUUUAGUAUGUGGAGUUUUUGGUGUAACUAAAGGGAAACGCUUUCCUGAAGAUUUAGCACAGCAAAACUUAAUUAUAUCAAACACAGAAGCACCUGGAGAUGACAGAGUGUGUUCUGCCAAUGGAUUUAUGACGCAGACUGUCAACAACUCUAGCCAAGGUUUUUGUGGUACUGUGGGAUCAGGAAUGAAAAACGGAGGGCAAGAAACCAUUGAAAUGAUGAAAGGAGGAAACCAGACCUUGGAAUCCUGCCAGGGGGCUGGGCACCAUCACACCCUGGAUUCCUGCAGGGGAGGACACACGGAGGUGGACAACUGCAGAUACACUUACUCGGAGUGGCACAGUUUUACUCAACCCCGUCUUGGUGAAAAAUUGCAUCGAUGUAAUCAGAAUGAAGACCAAAUGCCAUCUCAAGAUUAUGUCCUCGCGUAUAACUAUGAAGGAAGAGGAUCUCCAGCUGGUUCUGUGGGCUGUUGCAGUGAAAAACAGGAAGAAGACGGCCUUGACUUUUUAAACAAUUUGGAACCCAAAUUUAUUACAUUAGCAGAAGCAUGCACAAAGAGAUAAUGUCACAGUGCUACAAUUAGGUCUUUGCCAGACAUUCUGGAGGUUUCCAGAAAUAAUAUUGUAAAGUUCAAUUUCAGCAUGCAUGACUAUGAUAAUUUUUUUCUCAGUUUUCAAUUAUGCUACUCACCAAUUUUUAUUUUUAAAGCAAGUUGUUGAUUAUCUUUUUCAAGAAGUGAAAAAUGUUAAAACAGACCACUGGUAAAUCUCAGGCUGCAGCAUUGGAUUUCAGGUCUCUAAAGCAUCUGCUCUUUGUUACAGAUGUUUUCCUAAUAAAUAUGUUGGAUAAAAAUUAGUCCAACAAUAGCUAAAUCAUGCUAAUAUCACAUGAUAUAUUCACUUAGAGUGAUAGUUUAAAAAAUAAACAAGAAAUAUCAGGUAUCACUAUGUGAAGAAAGUUUUAAAAAAGAAACAAUGGGAUGAAGACUGAAUUAAAUUAAAAAUUUUGCAGCUCACCAAGGGUUGGGACUCACCCCUACUGCACUACCAAAUUCAUUUGACUUUGGAGGCAAAAUUUGUUAAAGUGACCCAUGAAGUAGCAAUUUUCUAUAGAAAUAUAAUUGGAAAUAAAUGUGUGUAUGUAUAUUAUUAUUAAUCAAUGCAACAUUUAAAAUGAAAUGAAAACAAAAAGGAAAAUGGUAAUAAUUUGAAAUGAGAUGGGUAUAGUUUGUCUUAUAAUAGAAAAAAGAGAGAGCUCGGUCUAGCUCUCAAAUGCUGCAUUAUAACUGAAUCUAUCAGGAUAUAGUUCCUGUCCAUUUGUGUAAUUUGUUUAAAAUUGUAAAUGAAUUAAACUUUUCUGGUUUCUGUGGGAAGAAAAGAGGGAACCCGAUGGAACAGGAGGUUUGCUUGCAGUCUGUGCAAAGAUUUCUGUAUCCACAAUCUAGCAAACUGGGGAAUAUUCACUGUAGCUAGAGUUCCCUGCUUUUUGGUAGCAAGAGUCCAGAGAUGGAGUGUUUUUUCGGGGGGGGCGCUAAUAACAAAAACAUUUUAAAACUUACCUUUACUGAAGUUAAAUCCUUUAUUGCUGUUUCUGUUCUCACUUAUACUGACCAACAUCUUUUUAAUUUAGAACCAAAUAACAUGUCUUCCUAGAAUUUAGAGGUUAGAGGGAGCUGAGCGGGUGGAUCUUACUCACCCAGGGGAGAUUGACUGUCCUUAGACCUAAACCCCACAGACUUGACACCUGAUCAAGGCCUGGGAGCUACAAAAUGUCAUUACCCUCCUCACUGCCCUUCUUCUGAGUGGCGUUGGCAGGAAUCAAGAAAAGCUAGGCCUUGUGAGCCCCCUUCUUUCAGGUUUCGGCUAACAUUGUCAGCAACACUUCCAGUGGAGACCCUCUUAAGUAACAAGUACUCCAGGCUUUCCAUCAUCCUUUAAUUAAUUAAUUAAUUAAUUAAUUAAUUUUUAAUCAGUUUGCUUUCUCCAGAGAAAUUUUGAAAUAAUAGAAGAAACAGAAAUUUCGAAUGUAUGAAAGAAAAAGAUCAAGUUGUCAUUUUAGAACAGAGGGAACGUUGGGAGAAGGCAGCCCAAGUAGGGUGUUUGGACAGUCAGAGGGCAACAUGCAGACACAGGCCUUCAGGAGCAAGGGGAGGCCAUAGGCAAUGUGGGUGGUAGGAAAGGCGACAUUGUCUGCUUCAUACUUUUUCCUAGGCUUGGCACACUGCCUUUUCCUUUUUUUCUCAGGCCAAUGGCAACUGCCAUUUGAGUCUGGUGAGGGAUGAGUCAACCUCUUUUUGGCUCACCUUAUUUGGAGUGAGAAAUCAAGGAGACAGAGCUGACUGCAUGAUGAAUCUGAAGGCAUUUGCAGGAUGAGCCUGAAUUGGAUCUGUAAAAUGCACAAGGCAUUCAUGGGAAAUGCUGUAUUCCUUCUGUAGCCCUCUGGAUGCUAAGAAACUCUGUCCAUUAAAUGUGUAUCUAAAAAUUGGAUAAUUUCUACAUUUUCUGUUUUCUAAUUUGACCUUAAAAUCUGUGUGUUUUAGACUUAGACUAUUUAUUUUCCUUUUAAGUCUUCUUAUUUUAAUGUCACCAUUUUGAGCUUGUGUGAAAGUUGAUUAUACAAACUGGAUCAAUCUUGAAAUACUCAACUAAAAGACAGUCAAGAAGCCAGGGGGAGAAAGAGCUCAAGGCACAAAAUAUUGCUCUGAGAACGGAAUUCUCUGCAAGCCUAGUUGCUGAAAUUGCCUGCUGUAAUCAGAAGCCAGUUUUAUCUAAUGGCUAUUGAAACAACCCCUGUGUUUUGCACACUCCCUCACUCGCCACUCAAAACCUACCACUUCCCCAAGACCUCACUAGUGCCGAUAAACUUUCUCAAGGAGCAACCAGUAUGACUUCCCUUUUUGUAAAACCUCUAACCAUCUCUUUGUUCUUUGGACAUGCUGAAAACCACCUGGUCUGCAUGUAUGCCCUAAUUUGCCAUACUUUUCUCCCAAAUAAAAAUUUAAUUUUAGGGAUUCAUUUUUAUAUUUUAUUUGACUUUCACAUAUGUAGUAUUAUUUCCUUAUAUGUGUAAGGGGAAAUUGGUGGUAUUUGAAUGUGCAAGAAAGUAUAUUUUUAAAGCUUUCUUUUUUCCCCCCAGUGAAUGCUUUUGAAUUUUUAAUGUAAAUGUACAGCCAUCUAAAAUGCAGUGGGGUUUGUUAUACGAUGUUUUAAACAGAGCUUUAAUAUUGCUAUUAAAAGAAUUUACUUUGUUUUUAAAGAAACUUGGCUGGUUAAAAUAAGCAGAAAUUGGAUGUGUAAAGUAAUAUUUACAGAUAUGGGGGAUGUAAUGGAAGAAGAUCAACUUGGUUUCUUGUUUUUGCUGUAUUGAGAGAUUAAUUCUAAGAUGAUCACAUUGCAAAAUUGUGCUUAUGGCUGGCCUGGAAAUAGAAAUGCUCAGUUAUGUCUUUGUUGUAUUAAUGGGGAAUAUUUUGUACAAUGGGUCAUUAUCAAAUUGUCAAUAUCAUUAACAUAUAAUGUUGGGAAGAGAUCACUAUUUUGAAGCACAACUUUGCAAAUGAGUAUCUAUGUAUACAUAUGUAUAAUAAAUUUUGAUUGAUUAUUAAACAUA